AUGACUAUGACACUUGAUUUAUCAUUAUCGACUGUUAAUAAUUUCAAUAUUUCAAUUAAUUCAAUAGGUAAACUACCUGAAGAAAGUUCUGUACUUGUUGUUGGUGCUGGUGGUAUUGGAUGUGAAUUAUUAAAAUCUUUAGUUUUAUGUCGUUUUCGAUCUAUUGGUGUUAUUGAUCUUGAUACAAUUGAAGUAUCGAAUUUAAAUCGUCAAUUUUUAUUUCGUCGUGAGCAUGUUAAUCAAUCAAAAGCUAUUGUUGCAUGUGAUAGUAUUCGUCGUCUUUGUCCAUCUAUUCACAUCGAAUCAUUUCAUGGUGAUGUUAUAACAGAUUCACGUUUUGAUAUAUCAUUUUAUAAACAAUAUGAUCUUGUAAUCAAUGCAUUAGAUAAUGUUCAAGCACGACAACAUGUUAAUCGUAUGUGUUUAUUAUGUUCAAAACCUUUAAUUGAUAGUGGUUCAACUGGUUAUAAUGGUCAAGCAACUUUAAUUUUUAAAGGUUAUACACAAUGUUAUGAUUGUAUUGCAAAACCAAAACAACAACGAACAUAUGCUGUAUGUACGAUUCGUAAUACACCUUCUCAACCAAUACAUUGUAUUGUAUGGGCUAAAUUUCUUUAUAAUCAAUUAUUUGGUGAUAAUGAUGAUCCAAAUAAUGAAGAUGUGACACCGGAUACAGAUGAUCCAGAAUAUUUGACUGAUAAUCAAGAAACAAUUACAAAUGAACAUCAUCGUAUACAACACGUGAUUGGAUUCAUGCAGAAAUAA